AUGAUUCAUUACUGGAAUCCCACGCACGCAGUACCUCCUGGUGCACUGUUGAAAAUUUCUCUUGUUCAUUUGACACUCAUUCUCGACCUCCUACUUUCUGCACUCUCGCUGCAGGAGCUCCUUGUUACUCUUGUCACUAUUGGUUCCUCUGAUGACAUUUAUGCUGAAGGCUCCAUGCUGAGCUGCUCAGGUGGUCGACGAGUGUGACUACCCACCACCUUUGAUCUUGCAUGACAUUACCAAAUACCCCAUAUACUAUGAUGCUC